AAAAGUUAAAAACAUAUGUGUCGCACCGGCAUAUAAGUCGUAUUUUUGGGGGAAAUUUAUUUGGUAGAAUCCACCACCAAGAACAGACAUGUCAUUUUGAAAGGCAAUUUAGAAUAAAAAUACAAUAGAGAACAAAAGGCUGAAUAAGUGUACGGUAUGCUAACAUUACAUGACUCAUAAACAACGAACUGAGAACAUGCCUGGUAUGUUAAUGUAACAUAGCUAUUUAGAGUUAUUCAGAUAACUAUAGCAUAAAGAACAUGCUAACUAGCAACAAUGAUAUAAUAAUGUGUGAAUAAGUUCACAUACAGUAUAAGUCGCGCCAGAGUAUAAGACGCACCCUUUGGCAAACUAUGAAAAAAAAAUGCGAUUUAUAGUCUGUAAAAUACGGUACAUGGCGGCCACACACCAGUAUCACGCCUUUUCACGCCUAUUAGCAUUUCUACUGCCCGUAAAUUAUCUAGUAUUAAGAGCAUUUAAUGAUUAAUAUCCAUAAUAUAAAAUAUCUUUAUAAAUGUCACUAGAAUACACACCAAUUUGACUUAAAUUGUACCUUAUUUUUCACAUUUUAAUAUAUAGGACUAGCAUUUGGUGUACUGAUAUGUCAGUGCUCUCAUCUACUAUCGGUGUAUGCCAGGGUGCAUUUUUAACACUGCACAUGGUCUCGUUCUCCACUAUCUCAUUUAUUGAGUUUACAAAUUCAAAGGCAUAGUUUUACUUCGCCAGCUUUCUUGUAUACUUACAUACUUUGCCAUGUGAUUGCGGAUUUGUUGAACUCACACCAUUGACGCAUUCAUUUCGAUGGCAAGUAAAAUAUCGUCAAUGAGAACUUCAACUUGCUCUGGGUCAAAUUUUGUUUUGUGGGACAGCUCGUUUCUCUUCUGUCGGUUUUUUAAAAUUCUCCUGCAAUAAUGUACCAAUCGCCUGUCCCAUCUUGAGUCUUCGUAAUUUUCAACAGCUUUCAAAUGACUUUUCUGCUGAAUAUGACACUUGAGGUAGUCCAACUUCCAUUCAGUCCGCAUUUUUCCCUCUGAAAACUCACUUGGUACUUUGGCUUCGUGGCAAAUAUCACACAGUUUCACCGCUUGUUCGUCUAUUUGCACAUGCUCCGACAGCCACUCCAUCUUAUAUGAACCGCAUUUCUUUUUUACUUUGGCUUGGUGAGUGGAUGUGUCGCUGUCCGUUCGUUUCGCGAUGAUAAGGGGAUGGCCUUUGCGUCUCUUAACUACACCGCGCGUGUAGGCUGGGCAAUACACAAGCAAUGUCAGUGCUAUGAUUGACUGCGUAGCGGAAGUAAACCUUAUCGUAUCAUUUGCUGGACACCUGUCACUCACCGAGUUACAACGCAAUUAAUACGUUUCUGUUGAUUUUUUUUUUGUGUGCAGCAUAUAAUUUCUUGUGCGCAGAGCAGGUGCCAGCAGUGCGCGAUUGCGCACGCGCGCAGUUUAGAGGGAACAUCGAUCAUAAUGUGUUAAUAAUUUCACACAUCAGUCGCUCCUGAGUAUAAGUCUCACCCCCAGCCAAACUAUGAAAAAAAACUGCGACUUAUAGUCCGAAAAAUACAGUAAUUGAAUUACUGCACUUUAUUGUUGUCUGUCACUGGAGUUAUAUUUUAUCAUCAAUCCCAUCCAACAAAAUGACGGUCAUUUAGUAAGCCUUUUUUUUUUUCAUAAAAAAAUAAAAUGAAAUUUUGUUGUUUAAUUUUGCGAUUAGAAAUGUAGUCUUUUUUAUGUUUAAAAUACUGUACGAACACACACAACAAAUGUUUACUAUCGUAUCGUUUUCACUCUGUAUCGAACCGUAUCGUUCUUAAACUGUAUCGAAUCGUAUGGAAUCGCUCGCCCUUAAAAGUGUAUCGUUUUUUAAUCGAAUCGUAGCCUGUGUAUCUAGAUACAUAUAGAAUCGGCUUCAUGCCAGAGAUUCCCGAAUCCCAACCCUACUUUUUUCCCUCUAUUGCAUUGUCUGGUGUUGUGAUUCAUUUGUCACUGUUGUCCUCUGACUGCAGCUGGUGGUCUGGCAUUCAAACUCUUUGUCACAAGGUUUUCUUUCUUCUCACUUUUUGAUGUAUUCAGGUCUGUCUGCUCCUUACUCUCUCUCAUCACACUCCAUCCCUUCUCACCAAAUCUAGCCGUUACUGCCUUUUGAUUUACAGGACAGUAUAUCCCUGUACUGGGCAGUCGUGUAUUGUGAUUUUAAAUGCCAGUGUGGAAGGAAAAAGAUCCUGCUAGACUGGCAGCAUCUCUGACCCCUUUUGUCACAAUGGGUCCCUUUCCCCUCCCACUCGUUUCCCUGCCAAGCUGGGAAGAGUAAAUAUUUAUCAGCCGCUGCAACAAUGGCCAUCUCAGGGGGGAAAGAGACUUCGACCACUGCACGUGCAAAGCUAGUGUUGGGUCAGAGCCUUAAAGAUGGUUUGUCAUAAGGUUUAGAUGAAGCUUCCUAAUCAUUUCCCUCCCAAGACUUUGGAUUUGUGUAUAAUUGGAUUAUGAGGAGUUGGAUGCAUCAAGAGAAAUAUUUGCACCAGGAAGCUGUAAAAGGAAAAAUCUCCCAAGAAGGAGUGACUGUAUUCCAACCACGCUCAUUGGGAGAGGACAAUGGCCCUGAGCGAAGCGUUUGAUGACCCCCUGGCCCUCAGCAGCAAAGGGCACCAUCCUCCCGGUACCAAUGAAAACGCUCCAUCAAUCACCAGCAUACAAGACAGCACUGGCCAGGUGCCUAUCACAGCUGCCUCAAAUGGUGACAGUCUUAGAGCGGAGGGAGAUGAAGACUCUUCAAUCAGGAAUGCAGCAUCUGGACAGUUGCAAGCAACAGAGAGGCAGAGAUCACACACCCAGAGAACAAACAGACCAACCCAAAACGGUGGAAUUGUCAAACAGAACGGAACUCUUAAGAUUCUCCCCCACCCAACAGGCACCGAUGUCACAGACUCUCAAACGCAAGCCAAACGCCACGUCUCAAACACUCCAUCCCAUUGUCUUCAUCCCUCAGCGCUCUGCUGCCAGCAAUGUUACUUUCACUCUUUUUGCUGCCCCUCUGGUGAGCAGGAAUGCCCUCUUUUUCAGAUUCCAGGCAAGGGCAAUGGGCCUACCUUAGUUGCUCAACUCAGGAGCCCUGUAACGUGCUCUUGUUGUCCUCCUGCCUGCACUUUCUCACACCACCGGCCUAAUCUUACACACCCUACAGCCCCACUUUGCCUACGCCACCACAAUCACCAGCCCUGGCAGGAGCACCUCCAAAGUUCAACACAUCCAACUGGAAUUAGCCCUGCAUGGCCUUUUCGAUUCCCCAAAAGCUAUUCUGAGCUGAUAGCCGAUUGGCCAGUGGUGGUGCUUGGUGUGUGCACAGUGCUCAUUAUUGUGUGCGCUCUGGUGGGUGUCCUGGUUCCUGACCUCCCCGAUUUCUCUGACCCACUUUUGGGGUUUGAACCUCGAGGAACUGCCAUCGGUCAACGAUUGGUUACAUGGAACAACAUGGUGAAAAACACUGGCUACAAAGCAACACUGGCCAAUUAUCCCUUCAAAUACGCCGACGAGCAGGCUAAAAAUCACCAAGAACCCAAAUGGCCCGAAGAGAGCUUUGAUCGAGAAAAACGGCAUGCAGAGUGGGACUUCAGUAAGGAGUUUUUCUGCGAUGUGCCUGGCUCCAGCUAUUCCAGACUAGUUUUCUCAUCUGCUGAAGGCAAAAGUUUGUGGAGUAUUCAGGCCAUCAAAUCCAUGUGUAAUCUGGACAACACUCGGGUGCGCUCUCAUCAUGACUACUGGAGCCUCUGUCAGCGCACCAAUGAUGCUUCAUGUUGCCCAAGCUGGACACUUGGUAACUACAUAGCAGCCCUCACAAAUAGGUCAUCCUGCCAAAUGAUCACUGAGCGUGACGUAUCGCACACGCUCAAGAUAAUGCGCUCGUGCGCUAAGUACUACCACAAUGGCACUCUGGGACCCGAUUGCUGGGACAUGGUCCUGAGGCGCAAGGAUCAGCUAAAGUGUGGCAAUGUGCCUCGAAAGUGCACUAAAUACAAUGCCGUCUACCAAAUAAUGCACUUCCUGGUCGAUAAGGACUUCCUCAGUCCAAAAAGCUUGGAACAUCCUCCGCCAGUGCUCAUGUAUAGCAUGCUCUUCUCACCCACGGAGAAAGGAGAGUCUAUGAUGAACAUUUACUUAGACAAUUUUGAGAACUGGAACUCCUCUGACGGCAUAACCACAGUCACUGGGAUCGAGUUUGGAAUUAAACACGACCUCUUUCAGGACUACCUCCUUAUGGACACAGUGUACCCAGCUAUAGCCAUUGUUAUAGUCCUCCUAGUCAUGUGUGUGUACACACGGUCUGUUUUCAUCACGCUAAUGACAAUAAUAGCCAUAAUUAGUUCCCUCAUUGUAUCUUAUUUUCUAUACCGCAUGGUUUUCAACUUUGAGUUUUUUCCUUUCAUGAACCUAACAGCUCUUAUCAUCCUGGUGGGUAUUGGUGCAGAUGAUGCCUUUGUGCUCUGCGAUGUAUGGAAUUACACUAAAUUUGAUAAGCCUCAUGCUGAGCUUGCAGAAACUGUCAGUGUGACUUUGCAGCAUGCUGCCUUGUCAAUGUUUGUCACCAGCUUUACCACUGCUGCGGCUUUUUAUGCUAACUAUGUAAGUAACAUCACUGCUAUACGCUGCUUUGGCGUCUACGCCGGAACGGCAAUCUUGGUCAAUUACAUCCUCAUGGUCACGUGGCUCCCAGCUGUGGUGGUGUUACAUGAGCGGUACCUACCAAAUACAUUGCCCUGUUCUAAGCCCCACCACCAGCAAACUGGUUAUUGCAUCCAGAUGAUUGUUGCAGGUUUCUGCCAGAAGGUUAACAAAUUCCUGUUUAAUGUCUCAGAAGCCUCAAGAAUCUUCUUUGAGAAAGUUCUUCCUUGCAUUGUCAUCAAGCUACGCUAUCUGUGGCUUUUCUGGUUUCUUGCCCUUACAAUGGGUGGGGCAUAUGUUGUUUGCGUCAAUCCCAAGAUGAAGCUCCCAUCAUUGGAGCUGGCUGAGUUUCAGGUGUUCCGCUCCUCUCAUCCUUUUGAACGUUACGACGCAGAGUACAAGAAACUUUUCAUGUUUGAGAGGGUUCAUCAUGGAGAGGACCUCCACAUGCCUAUCACCAUUAUCUGGGGUGUCACACCUCUGGAUAACGGAGACCCCCUGAAUCCCAAAAACAAAGGAAAGUUGAUCCUGGACAGUAGCUUCAACAUCGCCAGUCCAGCCUCUCAGCUGUGGAUCCUCCAUUUCUGCCAGAAGCUUCGAAACCAGAGUUUUGUCUUUCAGUCGGAUGAGCAGGACUUCACCAGCUGCUUCAUUGAGACAUUCAAGCAGUGGAUGGAAAACCAAGACUGCGAGGAGGCAUCUGUCUAUCCCUGCUGCAGUCAGUCGACCUUUCCCUACAAGCAGGAAGUCUUUGAGCUGUGCAUCAAGAGGGCGAUCAUGGAGCUUGAUCGCAGUACAAAUUACCAUCUGGACAGCAAGACUCCCGGACCUAGAUUUGACAUCAAUGACACCAUCAAGGCCAUUGUUUUGGAGUUCAAAAGCACCUUCCUCUUCACACUGGCUUAUGAGAAGAUGCACCAGUUCUACUGUGAGGUGGACGCCUGGAUAACCGAGGAACUACGCCACGCCCCAGCAGGCCUCAGUCACGGCUGGUUUGUCAGCAACCUGGAAUUCUUCGAUCUACAGGACAGUCUGUCUGAUGGCACUCUGGUUGCCAUGGCACUGUCUGUGGCUGUAGCCUUCAGUGUCAUGCUUCUAACCACGUGGAACAUCAUCAUCAGUUUAUACGCCAUCCUGUCCAUUGCCGGAACCAUUUUCGUCACCGUGGGCUCCCUGGUGCUUCUCGGAUGGGAGCUGAACGUCCUGGAGUCUGUUACCAUUUCUGUCGCAGUGGGACUGUCUGUUGAUUUUGCCGUCCACUACGGCGUGGCCUACAGGCUCGCUCCAGAGCCCGACAGAGAGGGAAAGGUGAUUUUCUCCCUCAGCCGCAUGGGUUCCGCUAUAGCUAUGGCUGCCUUGACAACCUUUGUAGCAGGAGCAAUGAUGAUGCCCUCAACUGUGUUAGCGUACACCCAGCUGGGCACUUUCAUGAUGCUAAUCAUGUGCAUCAGCUGGGCCUUUGCCACGUUCUUUUUUCAGUGUAUGUGUCGCUGUUUGGGACCGCAGGGCAACUGUGGCCAGAUCCCACUGCCAAAAAAGCUGCAGUGUCAGGCUUUCUCUGACAACCCAUCUGAAAGCUCUUCGCCCGAAGUCAAGAUUUCAGGCCCUGGGAAAUACCAGCUGGACGGCAGGGGUGGAGAGGCUAAUCACUAUGAAUUAGAGCCUCUUGCAUCAAGUAAUAAAGCUGAAGACAAACCACAAGAGGAUCAGGAGGUUUGUCCUCAGCUUUACAAUGGCAUGCACCCUAACCAAUACAAUUCCCAGCAUUUACACACCCAGUAUGGUAGUCCAGUGGAGGAUGACAGAUCCAGCUCUGAAAAUGGGCUUGUAGCCACACUCAACACACAAUCCCAGUGCCAGUACUCCCAAAAUAUAGACCGCUCAUGUGGGGAACCACCACCACAGUGGAAAAUCCAUUCCUGUCUUCAGCCUCUCCAAGACUCACAUCCUCAUCAUCCACAUCCUCCCAUUACCGGAAACUGUCCAAGCAAACCUGUGGCCACAAACCUGGACCCAGUCUGCUCACACAUUGAUUGCUGCAAGCAUUGCUUCCCCUGUCCUACUUCACACUUGCACCGCUGCAGUCCAGGAAGGGCCGUAUACCCCAGACAAGCGCCUGCACCCUGCUGCUAUGUUAAGAACUAUUGUGUCCAUGCAGCAAACCCAGACGCUGCACAACAACAUCGAUCUAAAGGCUUGACCUUAAACCAAUGCACGGCCCAAAAACCUGUCUCUUUUAAACACUCAGAACCUAUUGCACAUUUGCCAAAACAUCGGACAGAAGUAGCAAGCCCAAUUAUCAGCACGGCACAGUGUCAGUGCCCCCUCUCAACACAGGAUUCAGAACAUCCAGAUGGACACCAAGGACUCGAUCCGAGAAACUGUGAUUGUGACCAUUCGUGCACCCUAACCACAGAAACACAGAAGGAUUUUUGGUGUCAAAUCCCCAGGCAACAAGACAGUGCUAAUGUUCAACAGAAUGAAAGUUCUAAAAAGUACAAAAAGAACUCCAAACGAGAGCGCGCAUCUUCUGCCUCUCCAAUGAAACUUUCCUGUUUUAACAGAGCAUUGAAAGUAAAGCGCAACUCUGCCUCAGAGUUUAAUGUGCCAAAAAGUGAAACAAGUGUGCCUCCCAUUAUAAUAAAUAGCAGUCAAUCCUCUGAAAGCUUAUGUUAGGACAAAAAUACACUUCGUAAUACAACCCCUAGCAAAAAGUAUGAAAUCACCAGUCUCGGACGAGCACUCACUCAGACAUUUUAUCAUGUAGAUCAAACUCUGAUAAAAAGCUUGAAAAAAUAAUGAAUUAGUUCAAAAGUGCAACUCUUAAGCAUACAGAAACACAAAACAAAUGAAUAAAAAACAUUGUGGUGGUCAGUAAAUGUUACUUUUAUAGAGCAAGUGCAGGGAAAUAUAUAUGGAAUCACUCCAUUCUAAGGGAAAAAAAAUGGAAUCAUGAGAAACAAAUAACAAUCAAAACACAUCUCUAGUAUUUAGUAGCACCACCUGUGGCUUUUAUCACAGCUUGCAGUCUGCAGGUAUGGACUUGAUGAGUAUUCUUCAUCAAUUUGGUGCCAACUCUUUGAUUGCAGUUGCCCGAUCAUCCUUGCUGGUAGGAUCCAUGAUGUGGAAUUUUUUUUUUCUUCAAUUUCCACCACAGGUUUUCAAUAGGUUUGAGAUCUGGGCUAUUUGCAGACCAUGACAUUGACUGGAUGAGUCUUUCUCCAAAAAAUGCUUUAACAGUUUUAGCUCUGUGGCAUGAUGCAUUGUCAUCUUGGAAAAUUACAAAUUUUCAAUUGAAGGGAUAAGAAAGCUGUCUAAAAUUUCAAUGUAAACGUGUGCAUCUAUUGAAGAUUUAACCACAGCCAUCCCCCCAGUGCCUUUGCCUGACAUGCAGCACCAUAUCAUCGAGGACUGAGGAAAUUUUGACGUUUUCUUCAGGCAGGCAUCUUUGUAAAUCUCACUGGAACAGCACCAAACCCAAGUUCCAGUAUCAUCACCUUGUCCAAUCCAGAUUCUUGACAAGGUGAUGUUGCUGGAACUUUGCUUGAAACUUUUUGCUAUGGGUUAUAUAUUUGGGAUAUUGUGAUACUAAGUGCCUCCGUGUGGUUGUACAGUCGCAUUGACCCACUACAUAUUUUUUAUACUAAGGUUAAACUGUAUUCUUUUUAAAACGUCUGUUUUUUUUUCUUACAUAUCAUUAUAAUGCAGACAUUUGCACAGGCAGGUAAAAUAGCAUAUUUGCUAUCAAAUGCCUAAAAUAUGAUCACGAUUCACAUUUCACCCUCUAUUUAAAAACAUUUGCUUGUCCAACUAUUUUUUUGUGCAAUGAAUGUCUGCAAUUGAAUGUUUUAUGUGAUUAAAAUGUCUCACUCAUGGCUGUUGUCCUAUUCAUCAACAAACGCCCCAGAUCCCAAAAUGUGUCAAGCCUCCAUCGUUUAAUUGUAUAAUAUAUAAGCCUUUGCUCGUAUAAUUGACUAAUAAAUAGUGGCGCCUUCGCUCCCGCGUGUCUGGCCUCAACUAAUUGGCAGGAUUCAAAGUUGGACUCCAGUACACUUAAAGUGCAUACGACAGGAGAAAAAAAGUCUUAAAUAGCAUUAUUAUGUGAAUUAGAAUCAUAUUUUGAGACGAUUCGACUAUAUACAACAAUUUGGAAAAGCGCAGAUGAUGAGAAAUUAAGUCUGUUAAUCUGCCGUUUAACCACGCCUACCAUUAUAGGGCUCCAGCGUCCCCAACAGGAGGAUGACGUCCGCACUGUCAUGGUUUGACCUGAUUUACAAUUCAGCCCAUUGAGGGGAAAUUAUUCAUAACGAGGAAAAUGCAACAAAGAGAGCAGCAAAAUGUAAUUGUUUCAGUCUCCGAUAAUUUUACAGGAUAUUCUUUUUAUCAAAGUAUUUUUCCCCAAUUGCUAAAUAAAUGGUAUGGUCACGACAAAUAGCAGGCUUGUGCUAAAUGGAAUAUAAAAUAAUAAAAAUACAUUUCUUCAAUUCGACAUGGCAAAAUUACUCCAUAAUGGUCAAAACUGUCGACUUCACCUUUACUGUCGCACCGCCCGAACGAUAUUUUAUGCCACCGUAGUCAUGCUUUUGUCAUUCUCCUGUCCCGGCUUCCGAGAAUGUAAACAAACCAAGAGUGUGACAGCUAGCCAACCGACCGACCAACCGAGUGACGUCUCAAAAAGUCCUUUUUUCGCUUUUUGAGGUGAAAAAAUCACAAAAACUAGCCCGGAUCAUGUCACACGGCGGCGGGGUUGUCGAUUGUCUUCACCGAUCGGCAACCCACCCGGCGGCAAACAAGUUACAGCUCGUUCCCCUGCUACGGAUAGGAGAGCUCGCUGGGGAAGCAGCUGGAGAGCCAAUAGAGAGCUGGACAAACCUACCAACGUCCGAUGGUCAACACAAAUAUUGCGUAAAAUAAUGCUUUACUACACGAUGAAGACGUAAACAGAGAGUGGCGUGCAGUUGUUGUGCAGCUAACAUGGCAGGAUGUGUUUCUACAUAUCCGUCCAUGAUCAAAUGCAAGUAAAUAGUAUUUAAAGAAAGUGUGUAGUGUUUACUUUGUAAACGCUGUAUUCGCCAUUUUUAGCGCAAACUUACAAUUUCUGAUGGGGUUGAAAAUUUGACAGAACACCGAAGAGGGCAAUAAACUUAGUAUGGGGGUGUGUGCAAACAAGCCGCCAGUCGUUGGCCAAGUGGCAUUCUCGGUGGAAAAUCAGCCACAAAAUGUAAGCCACCCCCGUGUUAAAAUGUGUGCCAUGAUCCCUGUAUUUGACAUAAUAUAAAAUACGAAGUUUACUCACUUCCUCUUAAGUCCAAUGGUCCCACAGUAUUAGGGCUUGUUUUGGCCAAUAUCCGCAGUGAACGGGAACCUUUUGAAACCCAAAAAGGCUCACACACCUUUCCUUGGUGCAGCAACAAUUUUCUGCAGCCAUUUGGCUGGCGUGAUGUGAAAAAUAAACUAAUUAAUCCGCAAAACCAGCUGAAACCGCAGCCCAUCUGUAUUUUGAGAUGCUGACCCGGGUGAUGUCACAUUCGCAUUCGUCCUAAACCCGAGACUGAAGCUGGAAGUCAGUCAUUUUCAUGGUGCGGGAUUCAAAAAUUCAAAAGAUUCAAAAAUAUAUAAAACGAUAGCUUCCACACACAUCCAAGCGGUCUAUUUCAUUCAGGAGCAUAAAACACCGCAUGAAAUUAACAUGGUUUUGGUGUCAUACGCUCUUUAAAUGGAUAUUUUUCAUAUCGGCCGAUCGGAUUUAAAAAAAAAAAAAAAAAAAAGGCCGAUACGGAUAUAUGUCAAAUUUCCAAAUAUCGGCAUUGAUAACCGGUCUCUCUAGCCGUAACCCGGGGACUACCUGUAUUAGGGGUGUAAAUUACAACACAGACUCGCUAAAAACUAUACAUAUGCAUUGUAUGAUC